UCGGGAAGCGGACUCUCCCCGCCCGCUGCCCUUUUGUGGGGACGCAGGGAGGGCAGGCUGCGGCCUUGGCGCUGGCGCCGCCUAUGCGAAAGUGUCCCUUGAGCGCCACCUGUUACUUCUCUCCCGCCGGCCCCGCGCGCGGAUCUCCUGCUGAGCGCUCGGCUGAGGGAAGGGAGCAAAGGUGCCUCAGGCUCUUCGCCACCUGCGGGCGCCAUGACCGUCGGGGGGACCCGGAGAGCCAACUACUCCCGGCGGGGGCCUGCGGAGGACGAAAUCUCUAUCCUGGAAAAGGACGAGGAAGAAGAGGAGGAGGAGGAGGAGAGGAGGCAGACAGCCCCAAGCGGCCCCGCUGAGGAGGGGGAGUCCGGCUGCGCCUCCAAGAAAGUCGCCUUCGCCGUCCUCCCGGACAAGUACGAGCCUCUCGGCGGCGCGGGGGACGAGCAGCAGCCCAAAGCCGAGCGCAAGAGCAAGAAGCGCAGGAGGAAGCUCAAGAAAUACGGCAAGGUAGGCGGCGAGGGCGGCGGGACCAGGGGCGCCUCAGCCGGCGGAUCAUCGCGCGCAGGUCCGUUAUUCGGGGGUCGCUAGGCGAGUGUCUUGCCCAGCCUCAGCGCCCCGGCUAUCGGGUAGGAUGAGGGAAGGCUUCAGUCAUAUAUAAUAAAACAAAUACAGUGGUACUUCGGGUUAUGUACUUAAUUAGUUCCGGAGGUCUGUUUCUAACCUGAAACUGCUCUUAACCUGAAGCACCACUUUAGCUAAUGGGGCCUCCCGUUGCUGCCAUGCCGCUGCUGCACGAUUUCUGUUCUCAUCCUGAAGCAAAGUUCUUAACCCGAGGUACUAUAUCUGGGUUAGCGGAGUCUGUAACCUGAAGCAUAUGUAACCUGAAGCGUAUGUAACCCGAGGUACCACUGUAUUUAAAAAGAGCUGGGGGACUUCUGGACGCAUCGGAUUGUUGAACUGGCUCCACCACACUUCACUAGCACCUUGUUGUCAGAGUGGUAAAAAACUGGAUCUCACCCAACCGCAACAUAGGCACCUUGAGUUAUGUUGCGGGAAUGUGGGAUACAGUGGUACCUCAGGUUACAGACGCUUCAGGUUACAGACGCUUCAGGUUACAGACUCCGCUAAUCCAGAAAUAUUACCUCUGGUUAAGAACUUUGCUUCAAGAUGAGAACAGAAUCAUGCGCGGCAGCAGCAGGAGGCUCCAUUAGCUAAAGUGGUGCUUCAGGUUAAGAACAGUUUCAGGUUAAGAACGGACCUCCGGAACGAAUUAAGUUCUUAACCCGAGGUACCACUGUAUUUGGUCUGAGUGGCGUGCAAGCAGAGCCGACCCAUCCAGGAGGCUGGCUAAGUGAGGCAACCGCCUCAGGCACAGGAGCCAACUCCUAGGGGUGGAGGUCCCUUACCCCCCCCCCAAGAAAUAUUUGAGGGUGCCAGAGCCCCCUAAGUUGAUGGACAUUGCCAUUCACAUGGUGUGCAUGUGCCAUGUCAUGCGAUCAGUUAUAUGGGACAGGACUUACCUGGGCUUCCCCAAUAUUUUAUUCAAGUUGGUACCCUUGACCUCAGGUGGCAGGAUCCACGGGGGCAGCAGAUCCUGAUGUAGAUCUCUAUUCCUCCUUUGUUCCUGAUGCAGAUCUUCACUCACCCCUUCUUCCCGGGUGGGCUUGGGUGUGAAAGCCCUUGUUUUUAGGGGCUAACCAGGCUGGGAUAACUGGGAUAGUAGGCUUGUGGGUUUUUGAAUGUCUGAUGUAGAUUUUUUCAAUUUCGUUGUUCUGUAUGGGACAAUGACAAUAAAGAUUAUCGUAUCGUUUUCCUCAGGUGCCAAAAUGUCUUGGGCUGGCCUUGUGUGCAAGGGUAUAUGCUUAACCUUUCUAUUCAGAUGACUCCUAGAGAACAUGUAGAGGGUCUAGGAUGGUGCUCAGUUCAGUUCUCUCAGCAUUCGUAAGGUCUUCUGUACAAUGAUCCAAGACCGCCCUUUCUUACUUUCAUAGCAACAGACCCAGUUGUUGACAACCUUGGGUGCAUGUUCAUUGCAAGUCUGAAGCCACCUGCUUUUGAAGGACUGUAGGAUGUUGAAGUUGGGCGGGAUCUUGGAGGUUGUCUGGUUUGUUCAGUUCAGGGAUUUGGGCAUAGCUGUCAACUUUCAGAUUUGAAAAUAAGGGAUCAGCAGCCUCACCUGUCCCUGGGACAGUCUACGGGAUAUCUAACAAUCCGGGAUAGCAGCCGGAAAUGGUGCUGGAAUAAGGGAAUUUCCCACAAAAAAAGGGAAGGUUGACAGCUAUGGAUUUGGGGAAGAAUCAUUCAAGAAACCACAUGGUCAGAGUGGGGCUUUCCAGAGACAAAAAGGGAUCUGGGUCAGUUUUGCUGUCUAUUGUUCUAAUUAGGAAAGAUAAUCUUGUAGCAGCUGUGAAACACUGGUUUUAUAUGGUUUUAUAAAAGGAAAUAAAAGAAUGGACUAUGAAGAGACUUUUUGUGUUAAAAUGAACACACAGAGAGGCCAGGUGUGUGUUUGUGGCUAAAAGAUUUCCCAAACCCAGAUUAAGUCAUGCAAAAUAACAGUCACUCUCUAUGUUCGCUAUCAUAAAGUGAAGUGAAAUUUCUUCCCGUGUCAUGUUAAGGUUCCAGCACAACAGCCAGCCUGUGCAAAGAAAAAAAUAUUUUGACCUGAAGUCAAAAAGACAAUAAUGAGGGUGGUCAGGGGAGGGUGUUUCAUUAACUAUGUACCUCAGUGGAAAAUACCGUCUUUUCUGUUAUACUUCCAUGGAUGUAGGAGGGUCUCUGAUGCUCAUUUAAGAGCAAGGUCAUGAGCGAGAGGGGGUUCUUAAGGUACUUGGUUGCUCUCCAGUUGUUAUUGGAUUCCAACUCUCAUCAGCCCCAGCGUGGGCAGUGGUCAGGGAUGAAAGCAGUUGUAACCCAACCAUAUCAGCAGAGCCACAGGUUCCCUACCCACCUCUUAGGGCUCUGUAAGUUAAAACCAGCACUCCACAUUGGAGUUGGAUGAGGACUAAGUUAAGAAUCCCAUAAUGGUUAAAAGUAUUGAAAGAGGCAAAUCUUCAUCCAUAUAUAGAUUUCAUCGAGCUGUAUAAAAAAAUACAAAUAUCCAUUCAAUAUUAAACCAAACAAUAAAAACUGAGGCAAAAAAAUAAAAACAAAAACAUAUGAAGAAAUAAACCAGGAACUUAUUCAACUGGCAAAAACACUAUGGUAGAUUUUCAAUGGCUUGGCAGAUAAAAUAACUGCUCUAUUUUGCACACUUCCUUUCAGGAUGAAAAAGAAAACCUGCAAAGUAUACAUGCUGUGGAAAUUAUUGAAUCAAGUGCAACUAUAUAAAAUUGCCUUUGGCAAGUCACUGUGAUGAGACUUGGUUACAAAUCUGAAUUGGGUGGUUGUAGGUACAAAAGAGAUAAUAAAAAAUGCAAUGGUGUAGCAAUUGUGUAUCAAUGAAAGAUAGCCAUGAUUUCUUUUUGUUGGUGCUCCAGUGAGAAUCUGGCAAGAUGUAUGACACAGUGGCAUCCUGCAUAUGAGCCGUUUUCAAUGUUCUCUAAAAAUGUGGAUUUAUUAAUUUUUUAUUAAAAAAAUCAUUUAGUUAGUUUAUUUCAUUUCAGGUUUUGAUCAUUAAAAGCUUAGCUCCUUACUUUUCAGAUGCCUGAUUAAUAAAGCUGAAUUCUUGUCCUCAUAAUUAAUAACAGUUAAUUUUGUUAUAAUUAAUACAGCAGCUGGUCUUGAUAGCUGGCAGCAACACUAUUUAAAACAGUCGGGGGGGGGGGAGGGAAUCUCAUUAAAGAAGAAAAGGGUCUAAUAAAUGCCGAAACCAAAAUUCUUAUGAUAAUAAAAUUAAUAGUAGUAAUUUGAUUCCUUACUUGCCCUUCAUCAAAUGGUCCCAGUGUGGGUCACAACAAUAUAAAAACACAAUAUUAAAAUCCGUUAAAACAAAUUACAAUAAAAAGAAUAGGGUGGAUCCUAUAUAUGCAUAUGUGUAUCAGGUGACAAAGUGGCAGGAGGCAAGAAUGUUCAUUUUCCUUGUAACUGUGCUAUCCUGAAUGCAAUCAGUUGUUUACAUUUGUACAUUAAAAGUUUAUUGUUUUAAAUUCCAUUUUGUUUUAGUUAUUUAGAAAAUUUUGUAUCACUUCCUUCACUAAAAAGCAAACUCAAGUAGGGUCACAUUCAGAUAAAAACAAUAUAAAACUAGUUAAUAAAACUAUUUCAAGCAUGAAUAGUAAUAUUUAUUUAUUUAAUUAUAAAAUAUGUAUGCCUUUUGUCAAAACCUCUAAUUGGCAUACUUCCUUUUGGAGGAAGGGUGUGAUUAGAUAAUUACAUUAUAAUUGUCAAUAAAAGCAGAAGUUAAAGACAAGCUGGCCUAAACAAUUGAAGUAUACAUAAAACCAGUGGUUUUAAAUAUACCUUUUAAAAAAGCCUAUUAAAAUGCAUGACAACCUUACAUAUGUGGGUGGGCUUGCCUAAGCAAUAAAUAAUUUAGCAGGUACUAAAAACAAUACAGUGAAGGCACCUGCCUAAUAUCAAUCGGCUAGGAGUUAAAAAAAUGUAAGUGCUGCUGAAAAUUCAGUUCCCUACCAGUGCAGGACAAAUAUUUUGUGGUACAGUACUUGUAAAAGCGCUAGUUCCUCAAAGUGGUUGAAUGGGCAUAUAUAAGCUCAUUUUGUAUCUGUACCAGGUGGCUCAAUAUCUGAACACCCUUCUGAUGCAUUUGUUCAGCUGGUGCCAAUAGUUGAACCGUGUUGGUGCCAAUCAUGCCUCGAGGGAAGAACAUGUCACAUUCAAGGCGCCAUCACCAUGAAGGCCCUGUCUCAAGCUAAAGCACCUAAGGUUUUGCUUAGUGAGAGAGUGACAAGAAGGACCUUCCUGACAAAUCUUAAAUGCCCAGGCAGGACAAUGCCAAGGGAGGUGAUUCUUUAGAUAACUGGGUCCUUACUCCUUCAGGGAAGCAUUAAAACCUUGAUUUGGGCUUUGUAGCAUGUAGGUUGCCACUGCAUACUCUUCAGAAGAGGUAUUGCAUGAUUCCAAACAACUGAAGCAUUUUGCAUCAGCUGCUGCCUCCAAACCAUCUUCAAAGCCACCUUGAGUGCAUUGCUGUAAUGUAGCUUGGAGGUUAUCAGAGCAUGUAUUACUUUGUUUAGGACAGUGCUGCUGAUCUUGACUGCUCUAGAGCACACCAGCCCUGGUUUGCUUGUUACAACCACACCUUCAGCUUUGCCACCUUCAAGUGAGUCUCCUGCUGCACAUUCUCCUAUGCUGCCCAGUAUGGGUGAAAUUUUCUCCUUGCUCCCCGACCAUGUACAUCUCUCUCUCUCUUUCUCUCCCUCCCUCCCAUCUCUCUGUUGUCUGUCUGUCUGCCCCACCCCUUCAACACCCUCCUCAAAAUCCAAGUCUUUCUACAAAGCUUAAAAACCUCUUAAUCCAUCUCCCUGUAGCAAAGUAUUACGUGCGUAAACCUGCUUUUGCUCACACAAAAGCCCUAAACGGCCUCGGUCUAGUAUACCUGAAGGAGCACCUCCACCCCCAUCGUUCUGCCCGGACACUGAGGUCCAGCACCAAGGGCCUUCUGGCGGUUCCCUCACUGCGAGAAGCUAAACUACAGGGAACCAGGCAGAGGGCCUUCUCAGUAGUGGCACCCGCCCUGUGGAACACCCUCCCAUCAGAUGUCAAAGAGAAAAACAACUACCUGACAUUUAUAAGACAUCUGAAGGCAGCCCUGUUCAGGGAAGUUUUUAAUGUGUGACAUUUUAAUGUAUUUUUAAUCUUUGUUGGAAGCUGCCCAGAGUGGCUGGGGAAACCCAGCCAGAUGGGUGAGGUACAAAUAAUAAAUUACUAUUACUAUUACAUUUGCUUCUCUCUCCAAACCCCAUUUUAUCUCCCCUGUUGCCUAUUUACAUUGCAAACUACUUGGGAAAAGGGAUCUGAUUUUUUCCCCUUAUGGAACUUCAUGUAGACAGAUAGGUGAGGCAUAAUACAUUCCUCUGUUUUCAGUGCCCCAGGUGUGAUUGCUGUUGUUUCUGUAGGCAAAACAGCACACAGAAAACAAGAAGGGAUAUCUCAGUGACUGGCUACUAACUGAUGGCUGUGCUGUUACCUCCACUGAUGGAGGCAGCAUACUUCUGAAUGCUGGCAGCAGGGAAACAGCAGAAGAUGGAGAGUGUUGUGCCCAGGUGCUGCUUUUGGGCUUCCCAUGGCAUCUGGUUGUAAGAGCAGGAUGCUGCACUAGGUGGGUGUGGGCCACUGGCCUGAUCCAGAAGAGGCCUCUUACCCUCUUAGCAGGUUUGAGGAAGUUCAUAACCAGGUUUGAGAAUUAAGUCUCUAUAUAUCCUUAGAUAAAAGGUGAAGGACACUCCUCCCUGCAAAGAACCUAGUGAGGACUGAGAGUGCUGCUCAGUGGCUACAGAAUGCUGGUUGGUUGACUGUUGUCUGUUGGGAGGGGACAAGGGGAACUUGAGUGGUUGGAACCCUGAAAAUAAGAGUGCCACAUUUUGUUGCAGGUUCCACUUAGAAGUACGUAAUAACAACUUUACGUUCAUGCGAUCUUCUUUGGAUAAUUCUUGUGGCAGAAGGCUGCUCUUGCAGCACAAACAGAACUGUCUUUGAAAAAAACAAAUAACAAGUUAAAUCCAGUGAAGGAGCCUGUUGGAUUUCACCUCCCCCCCCCCUUUUCCCUUUCCCUUUUAAGAAGAAACCAGUCCUAUCUGAGCUGAAGCCAGCAUUCCUGUAGAUCAAAAGAGAGACCUGCCAUUUCAGUCUGUAAAAUACUCUAAGCUUAUCCACGUGACAGAUGCUUUGCAUCUCUUUGUGCGACAUUUCUUGGCUUGGCAUCCUUACUUUGACAAUGUUCCAAUUAGCAAGAAGUGUGAGGUUCGUUUCCCACCCUCUGCAACAGAGACAAAGAGAUAAAAUAAUAGACCUCCCGUUCUGUGUCCGACUGCAUCAGCAUUAACACUUUGCUGCUGGUUUACUGCAAGAGUUUUACCACUGAAAAUACUACUCUUGCUGUUUGUUUGUUUGUUUGUUUGUUUAUUAAUUAAUUCAUUAUAUGUAUACCUGUCCUUUUAAGAACAUAGGAAGCUGCCUUAUACUGAAUCAAACCAUUGGUCUAUCUUGCUCAGUCUACAAUGACUAUCAGGGGCUCUCCAGGGUUUCAGCACUACCUGGGGACUGAACCUGCGAACUUCUACAUGCUCUGCCAUUGGAAUUACCAGUCUUUCCCUCAUACCAACCCUUUUCUGCAAGGAGGUCAAGGUGGCCAGUGUGGUGUAGUGGUUAGAAUGUUGGACCAGGACCUGGGAAACCAGGGUUCAAAUCCCCACUCAGCCAGGAAGCUCACUGGGUGACCUUUGGCCAGUCACUGUCUCCCAGCCUAAUUUACCUCACAGGGUAGUUGUGAGGAGAGAACGGAGAGGUGGGGAGAGCCAUGUAUGUCACCUUGAACUCAUUGGGAUAUAAAUGACCCUUUCCCCUUUUAUCCUUACAACAACCCUGUGAAGUAGGUUACUCUGUCCCAAGUGACUGGUCCAAGGUCAUUCAGUCAGGGACAAUGGCCAUAGGUUCCCUAUCCCUGGACAAAAUAGUAAGCAUCAGGUUGUCUGUGGAAAUUUCAUAUAUUGUAUGGGUCAACUGAAAGGAUGAUUAGCUCACGUGUUGGUGCUGAUAGUCUUGUAUAUGAGAUUCAACAUGCAGCAGUCAUGUCACCUUUAAAGCACAUUUGAAACACAUUCUUUUCCUCAAAGAAUUAUGGGCAUUGUAGUUUACCCCUCAAAGAGUUACAAUUCCAGUAACCCUUAACAAAGUGCAGUGCCCAGAAUUCUUUGAGGGGGCAAAUGUGCUUCAAAUGUGAUUUAAAGGUAUAAUGUAUGUACACAGGGAGUUUGAUGGCCAUGAUUUGUUGUCUGUGUCAUUUGCUACAGGUUUCGGUGAGACUUUCACAUCCCGCCUCUUAAAUAUUGCUUCAUCGUGUAUAGGAAAUGAACACAAAGGUCAUGCUGUAUGUUUGUGUUGGAAAGUACCUUGAACCCUGCUGAAAUCAGGGCUCCAUUGUUUUGGCCAAGGUCCAAGCAUUUUAUGACACAAUCUCUGCCAGGCCCAAUGAAACAAAAGAGGUGAAGUAAUUUGGCCAAGGCUAGAUAGAGGAUGAGACAAUUAUGUCCUCUAUGUGACCACCUCUGUUGGUGGCUUUCCAGCUUCAUCUUUCUCUUCCUUGAACAGGAAUUUAUUCUGAUCUUGCACCAAUGACUUCAUACAAUUCUAAGCAUUUGAUAGGGAGUUGGCUGCACCAGUGCAUUUUAAAGAGGUGUGAUUGUGCAACUAUUUGUAGGCCCUAUCACAGAGAUGAGGAACUCUGAACCUUCCAGAUAAUGUUGGAUUACAACUCCCAUCAGCCCAGCCAACAUGGCCUGUGGUCAGGGAUGAUGGAAUUUGUAGUCCAACAACUAGAGGGUCACAAGUUCAAUCACUGCCCUGCCUUAAGUUUGCAGCUGCAGCAAGUUUUAGAAUUACAGUGGUACCUCAGGUUAAGUACUUAAUUCAUUCCGGAGGUCCGUACUUAACCUGAAACUGUUCUUAACCUGAAGCACCACUUUAGCUAAUGGGGCCUCCUGCUGCUGCCGCACCGCCGGAGCACAAUUCCUGUUCUCAUCCUGAAGCAAAGUUCUUAACCUGAAGCACUAUUUCUGGGUUAGCGGAGUCUGUAACCUGAAGCGUAUGUAACUUGAAACGUAUGUAACCCAAGGUACCACUGUAGUUUGGACCAAAGGGCCAAAAUUUAGCCACUUCAUAGAAUUGAAGAGUUGGAAAGGACCCUGAGGGUCAACUAUUUCAACUGCCUGCAAUACAGGAAUCUCAGCUAAAACAUCCAUGACAGAUGGCCAUCGAACCUCUUCUUAAAAACCUCCAAUGAAGGAAAAUCCACCACCUUCCAAGGGAGUCCAUUCCACUGCCAAACAGCUCUUACCAUCAGAAAGUUCUUCCCAACGUUUAGUUGGAAUCUCAUUGUUUAUAACUUGAAGCCAUUGGUUAGAGUCCAAUCCUCCAGAGAAAGAGAAAGCAAGCUUGCUCCAUCUUGCAUGUGACAGCCAUUUAGAUAUUUGAAGAUAGCUAUUAUAUCUCCUCUCAGUCUCCUCCUAUCCAGGAUAAACAUAUCCGACUCCAAUUCCUCAUAAGGUGACCUUGAUAAUCUUGGUAGCCCUCGUAGCACACAUUCCAGCUUGUCAAUAUCCUUCUUAAAUUGUGGUGCCCAGGACUGGACACAGUACCCCAGGAGUGGUAUGCUCAAGGCGAAAUGGAGCGGAACUAUUAUGCCCCUUGAUGAGGACCCUAUAGUUCUGUUCAUGCAGCCUAGAAUAGCAUUAGCUUUUGAUAAUUAAUGUGGUAUCCUAGUGUUUUGAAUGUAUAUUGUUGAUAUGACCAAGCCUUUAUUCAGACUCACUCAACAAUCCACAACUAAGUUUUUCCUGAGUAUGAAUUGAUGAAUGAGCCCAUGGUGAUAGAUAGCUGGUGUUGUGUAAUCUAGUACUUGAGGCAAUCUCAGUCUAAAGGAAAUAGCUUGAAUUCCAGGGAGUCUCAUACACUCCUUCAGCACCAAGUAUUUGCUGCAAAAACAGCAUAGCAGCCUCCAGCUUCCAGUGAGGUUUUGUUUCAUUUGUCUCAGCAUGAAUCUGGGGGAGCUGCCUUUUGUUCUUUUUAAUGUCCUUUCAACCCUCUAUUCCUUAAGGCUUGUUACUUAUUAUGUUAUAAAAUAAAGGCAACAACCUUACCUAUCUAAAUAAAGGUUUUUUUCAAAAAGGUGAUAGUCAUAGAUUCACAUAAAAAGAAAGUCUAAAGAGAGCAGUGCAACAACGAUACCUAAUAAAAAGUAGAACACAAUUACAACAAAUUACAAAAAAAAAAACCCCGACAAAAUUUAAGUGAACACAAAGGUCACCAAUAUUCAAAAAUAUUGAAUAUUGCAAAGCUGAUGACAUUAGCUCCUAGCAAAACCAAACAAACCAAAGACCAGAAAUUCCCCACUGAUUUAUUUUGGAAGCAGCUUCCGUAGGCAGUAACAGAUGCCAUGGUAGAGUGGUGGUACUCACCUGACCCCAUGAGUUGUCAGGAGAAGGGGAGGAAGGUAGGGAUGAUGGCAUAGUGCAAAUGCACCAGUAGAGCCAAUCUAGCACUCCUGCUGAAGGGUGGUGCAAGGCAGGUGGAAACAGUCAUUCCCUGAUGGCAAACAUGGUCUCUCUCUCCCCUCACAGUUCUUCCUCUUCUCAGAUUUUAAUGGAGUUCUGAGGCGCUUGAUGUGCCUUCCUAAAGGGGUGCAGGCAGUGUAAAGGAAGUGGUUUUGGUGAGAAGGAAUUGGGGGUAGGUGGGGGAUUGCAUUGUAUAUUUUCUGUUUGGGUUUACAUUAUUUGUAAGCUGUCUUGAGAACCCUUUGAGGUAUAAGGCAGGAAAGGGAUGUCCGUAUGUGUGCAUAUAUAUGUACGUAGGUUGGCCAAUGAAAGUGAUACCAUAUAGAGGAAUUGCAUGGAAAACAAAGCCUUGCAUGAAUGUGAUAAAUGCUGUCUCUGACCGCUUUCAAAAGUCACAUUCAGAUGAAAUCAACAUGGUAUCCAGGACCAGCCCAAGGCAUUUUGGCACCUGAGGCAAACCACAAAAUAGUGCCCUGCUCCCCAGCAGAGUAGAAUAGGUAAGUGGAGAUCUGCAUCAGAAACCAGGGGGAGGGGGAUAAAAAUCUAUAUCAGAACCUGCUGCUCCUGUGGAUCCCUGCACCUGAGAUGAUCGCCUCACCUUGUCUCACGUGUGAGCUGGCCUUUGUUACAAAUGUAUCCUGUUCCCUGCCCCAAGGAACUAAGGGGCUGCACCCCAUACCAUUAACCAGUAACUCUGUGUGGUAGUGUAGGCUGAGAGAUGGUGACCAGCUCCACAGUGAGCUUCAUGGCUAAGUAGGGAUUCAAACCCUUGUCUCCCAGAUCUGAGUACACAACUCUUUCUAGUACAGUGGUACCUCAGGUUAAGUACUUAAUUCAUUCCGGAGGUCCGUUCUUAACCUGAAACUGUUCUUAACCUGAAGCACCACUUUAGCUAAUGGGGCCUCCUGCUGCUGCCGCGCUGCCGGAGCACAAUUUCUGUUCUCAUCCUGAAGCAAAGUUCUUAACCCGAGGUACUAUUUCUGGGUUAGCGGAGUCUGUAACCUGAAGCAUAUGUAACCUGAAGUGUAUGUAACCCGAGGUACCACUGUACACUGCACUGGCUUUCCUAUACCCUGUGACCAGAAAGCAUUGUGAGAACAGAGCCUCACUCAAGUAAUAUUUUUUGAAGCUGAAAAUAAAUGUAAAAAAAUCUGUGUGGUGUAAUGGUUAGUGUUGGACCAGGACCUGGAAGACAGGGGUUCAAAUUUCAACUCACUGGGUGACCUUGGGCCAGUCACAAUCCCUCAGCCUAACCUACCUUACAGGGUUGUUGUGAGAUUAAAAUGGAGAGGUUGGGAGACCCAUAUAUGCCACCUUGAGGAAACCUGGGGUAUAUGCUGUCACUUUCUUGAGUAUGUCCUGCUCUUCAGUAGUGUUCUCUGUUCUUUUCUUCUAGAAUGUGGGCAAAGCGCUGCAAAAAGGAUGCCGUUAUCUGGUACUCGGUCUGCAGGGAUUAGCUAAUGCCUACUCAUCUCCUCUUGGAGUGGCUGUUUCAAUAGCUACGGCGUUUCGUUAAGACUUGCAGCCUGCCACAUUUGGGUUGAAGAUGGAAGGAACGGUCGUUGAAGCACCUGGCCAAAUUUCCCUUUCACUGAAACUUCGUCUUCAGAAAUGUCUCCCAACUCAGCAGCAAGAAAGAAAAAAUAGAUCAGAUUGAACAUUCGGGAUGGCUCAUUUGCUGCUCUGGACUUGAGUAGUUCUCUGAUAAGUGCUUUGAUCAAAAGAAUGAGUAAGGCCAAAAGAACAAAACGUUGAUUAGCUGGGCUAGCUUUAGAAAUAUAGUAAUUGUGUGUCAACCACUCACCAGCAGGAUUGGCCCAAGACAUUUGGCCGCCUGAGGCAAGGAUGGCACCCCACCUCCCAUUCCAUGUGCAAAAUUCAACUGGAUUGUCAGCUGAAUGAACAUUGGUGGCAGGACAGUGCCCCCCGCCACACAUGAGGCCUGAGACGUAAAGGGCAGACUAUGCGACAUGCACAACUCUGUCCUUCAACACCUCACCUCCAUUCCUCACCCCUUGAGGCAGCCACCUUUGCCUAACAGUGGUGACUGGUCUCCACUGGGACUGCUGGCGUGUAAGGCAGGAGGCCAACAGUAGGUAGAGCCAGAGCCAAUGACAGGCACAACCACGGUCAAUGAUAGGCAAAGUCAAUUAAUUCUAAUUUUGUCCCUAAACUCCUCCUUGCUGAGUUCUGCACAGGAAACACUGAAGCUAAGGAGGAGGAAGCUGAAAGCCAGUUACAUCCUUUGGACCAAUUAUAAUUGAAAAAAAGGUAGGGAGAUGGAGGUUGACUGAGGGUAAACUGAAGUUGGUGCGGUAGUGCCCCAUUCAGCCCAAUGGACCAGACUGUACUGCCGCCUAUUAGUCGGGCUGGCCUUGACAAAAGCAAAAUCUGUGGACAAAGAAAAGGACAGCAUGUAGGAGGAAAUGGAGGUAGAGUGACAGGUAAGGGAGACACAUGAAAGGAAAACAAAGAGAGGAAGUUUUCAUAAUUCUGGUCAAGCCUUAGUAAAGCUGCAUGGUGGGCUGGUGUUCCACAGAGGCAGGAAAAGCUGCAUCUACGGAAUGUCUGUAUCAGAGAUUGGGAACUUCUGGAUGUUGUUGGACUACAACUCCCAUCAUCCCUGACCACUGGCCAUGCUGGAUGGGAAUUGGAGUCCAACAGCAUCUGCAGAGCCACAGGUUACCCAUCCCUGGUCUACAUGUUAGAGCACGCAGGAGCAACAGCAGAAGCAGGCAAAGACCAGAAAAGAUGGAUGAAAAGGGGGAAUUGGGAAGAGAAAUUAUUUGACAAAAUAAGAACUUGAGGACAUUAUUGCAUUGGACCCAUCACGUAGCCAAGCAGCUUGCAAUCAGUUUCUCAGCUGGAGAAUUGUGAGAGCUCUCUGGGUAGGGUUGCCAGGCCCUGGUAGUGCUUUUAUCUCUCUUAAGGGAAGGGAAUAUUUUGGCAAGCCAUGCCCACUUUCACCAGCCUCAUGCCCACCAUCACUGGCUGAAAUGUGUUUUUGAGGGCAGAUAAUUAGUUUCAUUUGCUUGGAUAGAGUAUAGAGGCAGGGGUGUGUGUAUAAACUAGUCUGUGGUACAAAGGUAAUAUUUACAUUCAUUGCUCUGCCUGCUUUUGCCUCUGGCCCUGCCCACCACUGUCAUGCAGCCCCCAGAAGGCUGCCCAGAAGAGCUGAAUAAUUUCCCCCACCACUGUGCUAAUUUCACACCAUGCGUACUUUUAUAAACCUCUAUUAAAGGUGUGGGUAACCUUUGGCCCUUCAGAUGUGGCAGAACUAUGACUCCUAUCAGCCUCAGCAAGCAUGUCUCAAUAGCUAAGAGUUUAUGGGAGUUGUAGGUCGGCAGCAUCAGGUUAGAACGUGAGACCAUAAGAUGAUCCUGCGGGAUCAGGCCAUCCAGUUGUCACAGUGGCCAGCCAAGCUGCUUAUGGGAAGCUCUCAAGCAAGACCUGAGCCCAAGAGUACUCUCAUCUCCUGUGGUCUCCAGCACUGGUAUUUGGAAGCUUUACUGCCUCCAACUCUGGAGGUGGAGCACAGCUGCCAUGGCUAGUAUCCAUCUAUAGCCCUUUCAUAGAAUUAAGAAUCUAAUCCUCUUUCAAACCCAUCUAAAUUGGGCACUAUGCGAGCAAGUGCCAUAGUUUAUGUGUUUAUUUUUAAAAAUACAUACUGAAUUUUCCAACAUUCAGCUUCAUUGUAUGUCCAUGAAUUCUAGCAUUAUAAAAGAGGUUCCCCACACCUACUCUAUUAUGUCAUUUCCCCACCACUACUCUGUGGUAGACUUUCAUUCUUCUUCUGUAUCACCUGCUUGACCUGUGACUGUAGGUCAGGGGUGAGGAAUCUUCAGCCCACAGGCCGACUUAGACCUAGUUAGGCCUCCUCUCAUGGCCCCAAGGCCAUUUUGGCCAAGCCACACCCACCUGCCCUACCCUUGACUUCAUAUAUGUCAUCAGUUGUGGGGCAGAUGAAGACCUGGCUCAGCUGAAAGGGGGUUUACAGGUACCACGGAUGGGUGGUGCUUGCGAAGUCCUACUUGGGUCUUGUGAAGCACCUCACAAAAUGAUCCUGAAGACCCCUGCAGGCAAAAAUGGGCCACCUGGUGCCAUGAUGUCAGAUGAUUCAUAAGUGAGUGUCUCCCACCUGUCUGUCUGCAGAAGCUCCUAGGCUCACUCUCCAGCAUCUCCAGGUGAGGCUGGGAAAGACUCCAUGUCUGAAACUUUGGAGAGCCACUACUAGUCAGUGUAAAUAAAUAAUACCAAGCUGGAUGAGCAGUUGGUCCAUUUCAGUAUAAGGUGGCUCCUUAUGAUCUCAUUGUCCUGGGACCAUGUGGCUUCUGACAGCAUUGCAAAUGACAAUUCUUGUUCUACUGGUGGUGCAGAGGGCCACCUUACAUCCUCAAUAGUCUAGGGCAGUUCAUGUGGCACUCAAGGGCAUUUUUGGCAGAGAAAUCAGGGCAGGCAUAGGAAGUAGCCCCAGCAAUCUUGCUUUGCAGCUAGAAUGCUACACCUAGGAUUACAAAGCAGGUGGGAGUUGUGUAAGACAUCUGUAUGGCAUGCAGAAUUUUGCCCCAUUUGUUGGGUACUAGAUGUUGCCUUGGCACAGCUCUCUGUUUAUCCUGCUCCAGUCAAAGCAGCUGUAGACAAUCAAGCAGCCUGUGUGUAUAGGACAGAAGUAUCUGUCAUGGUGUUUAAUAAAACUCAUCUUCCUGGAAUGCCCUAGGCACCAAGAGUAAGAGAUCAGAUGAAUAUCUCACUGGAAAAAGCAUUAAGCUGGCUUGCUGGGUUUAACCUUAUGGAUGGAAAUCUCCGAAAGCUGCCAUUUAAAGAAUUAUCUUGUCCAGUGUUGACAGAAGAAUCAAGCCUUUGCAUUCCCAAAAUGAUAUAUUUCUACCUAGAUAAUAGUUAAUUUUGAUACGUUUUAUAUAUACCUUCUGAGCUUUACAGAAUUCAUUCAAGAAUACUUGCUUUUUAAAAGAAAUAUGCUUUAAAGCUGGUUGUUAUUUUGUUUUACUUAAUAUUAAUGAACCUGCUAACAAGUAAGCUGGUGUACUAAGAUAAAUUAAAUAGAUUUAACCAGAGUGCAAUUUGUGUGUAAACUGCUUUUGAUUUUCCAAACAUUCUCUACUAUUAAUCUUGUCUUGUGGACAAGACUGAACUUAACCUUCCAGGGGUCCUUUACCUUUACCUUACCUACUAUUCAUUCAGGACUGGUGUGUGAAUAGCCCAUAAGGUAAGAUCUCUGUAACAACUUCCUAUAAAGUGGGUUGUCUUCUGUGAAUCACAAUGAUUUGUUCAUUAAUUUAGAACAUUUUCACCCAGUUCUCCAGCUGAAAAAGGGGACGGGGAGGAAGAGGAAAGCAAGCAAACUCAGAUACCGAUUCUAGAAGUUACAAGCAAGAUUCAUACAAUUAUCAGCUUGAAUGGAAACAGUUCUGAGGAAGCAAGGAGUCUCUUAGUAGAGCUGAUGGAGAGACUUUGCUUCCCUCUCUGCUGUUGCUGGAUGGCAGUCAAGAAUGUAAAUAGAGUGUGCUGGAUGAGGCCAAUGGACCAUCUAGUCCAGCAUCCUGUUCCCACAGUGGCCAGCUAUAGGAAACCCUCAAGCAGGGCCUGGGGGCAAGAGCAUCCCCACCCACCCUCACCCCCUAGUAUCAAGAAGCAUUACUGCCUCCAGCUGUGACUUAAUUAGUACAGUUCUGGACUAAUUAGUAUACGCAGUUCAUGAUUUAUAUAAAGCACCUAAAAUCCUGGGUACUGGACAAAAGUGAGGAAGAAGGAGAUUCUUUACACAGAUAAGGUUGUAUAGUUGCCUGAUUUUUGCUCCAGAAAAAUCUCGUCUUCCAUCGUUUUUAAAUAAAGCAGGGAUAGGGAAUCUGUGGCCCUCCAGGUGUUAUUGGACUACAACUCGAUCACCUUCUGUGAACUCCAUGGGAAUUGGAGUCCAGCGACUUAUGGAGAGUCAGAAUUAAAGACUGUAUCCCCCCCCCCCAUGAUGCUAAGGAUAUAUUAGAAAACAUGCUGUCUCUGUGUAUGAAUAGAUGGUACACCCAUGAUCCAGAACAUCUGUACCAUUUAAUAUCAUGGCUUAGUCCCAAAGAGAACAAGCAGCUUUGGCUUGAUAAGGGUAUCGAGAAUCUUGUGUUGUAGAUCCCUAGACCCCUUCACAGAACUGCAUUUCCCAAAGUUAGCUAUUAAGCCUAUGGGUGUAGAUACGCCAAUGAUAUGGCACUGCUUAUUUUAUAGUUCUUGUGUUCUCUAUCCCCUGCUGAUUUCUGCAAGGUCCCAGGGCAUUUUUAUCAGAACUCUUGGCACCUUCGUAGUCCAUCUAAGUUCCCCCAUUACUGUUUGUAUGUGGGGCUCCAGCAUUACAUUAUAGCCAGUGGGCAGCUGUCACACUGAAAUAUGUUGAUAGGAAUAAAUGGCAGGCUGUCAAAAAUCUUAAAGGGAAUCGAUACAAGUAACACAUUAAGGGGGGGGAACUGUUGACACUAUAACUCUUUUUAUUUAUUUAUUUAAAGUUUGUAGAUAUAGUGGGAAUAGUUUGGUUUCCUGGAGUUCUUCCCUGGUGAGAAAAAAAAAAAACUAUAAUUGCAGUGAAUACUUUCCUUGAUGUGCCUGCUUUAAAAUGUGCCUGCAAAAAAAAAAGGCAUGAUAUAAUGUGUAGUCAUAUCAGUCAGUACUAAUCCUUUGCUAGUCAAAGUCCAAAGUCCGCUUUGAGAAUGAGAAAGGUUUUAAGGAUCACCAUCCAGCUGCACUAAAUUAAGAGCUUCAACACCAGUGUUUACACCAAAGAGAACACAGCAUUUUUUUGUUAUUAUUUAUAACUUAUACUUUAAUAUACAAAUUCCUUCAUAAUCUUUACCUGUUAGAUCACAUUUUGCAGAACACCAGUGCCUUGUAAGUUUCUCUUCAUCAUCAAAUUGCAUGCUAUAUAAAAUCUAUAGGCUCGGGUCCAAAGGCACAAGAUGCAGCAACUUUGCUAAAGUUAAGAUUGAUUUGGUCAGUGUCUGAAUGGGAAAGAGAGAGACUGCCUGGGAAUCCCAUGCAAGCAAUCCUUAAUUCAGCGAAAGGAAGGUGGGACAGAUGGUGGGUUAAGGCAUUCAACUGCACUAUUGUAAAGAAAUUCUCUGUUUGUUUGCCCAAUGUUUAUUCUGUUUGCCUUACACAAAAUGAAGACUCUUGUCCCA